CUGUUUCUUCACAACAGUUCCCUCAAUGAAAUACUGAACAAGUGGAGGUGGGAAAAAAGCAAGUGGAGGAGGUGGAGUCGUGUUCAGAGGAAGGAAAACCAAGCAGAAGAGCAGGAAAAAAGAGAAAACCCACCAGACACAACAACAUCGGGGGGAGGACGGUGGAUUAAUUGUGCCAACUGAGGCAAUUCAAAUAAAGAGAAGCGCUGCUGUGAAGAAAGGAGGACAGCAAGAUGAUAACGCCCUAUUUCCUGGAACAUUUCUGGGGCGAAAAAAAUAAUGGAUUUGAUGUACUGUACCAUAACAUGAAACAUGGCCAGAUAUCCAGCAAAGAGCUGUCGGAGUUCAUCAGAGAAAGAUCCACCAUAGAGGAGGCAUAUUCACGAUCAAUGACCAAACUGGCCAAGACCGCCAGCAACUGCUCUCAACUAGGGACGUUUGCGCCGGUGUGGGAUGUGUUUAAACAGUCCACCGAGAAACUGGCAGCUUGUCACAUGGAGCUGGGCCGCAAGCUUCAAGAGCUCAUCAAGGAAGUCCAGAAAUAUGUGGAGGAUCAAGCCAAAAAUCAUAAGAAGACAAAGGAGGAGGUGUCGUCCACACUGGAGGCGGUGCAGAACAUCCAGAGUGUGUCUCAGGCCUUACAGAAGAGCAAAGAGAACUACGUCAGCAAGACACUAGAGCAAGAACGCAUGCGCAAAGAGGGGGCCACACAGAGAGACCUGGACAAGGCUGGGUUGAAGGUCAAGAAAGCCACUGAGACCUAUAAGUCAUAUGUGGAGAAAUAUGCCACUGCAAAGACAGAAUUUGAGCAAAGAAUGACAGAAACCGCACAAAAAUUCCAAGGCAUUGAAGAGGAACAUGUACUGCGUAUGCAGGAGAUUAUCCAUUCAUACUGUCAGUCUGUUGAAGAGACGCACAUACAGAUAGGAGAGGUGCAAGAAGAGUUUGUGAAAAACAUGGAGAACACUUCUGUUGAGAGCCUCGUACAGAAACUGGCAGAAAGCAAAGGGACAGGCAAAGAGAGACCAGGGCCCAUUGAAUUUGAGGAAUGUAAUGUCUCAGUCGCCACGGAAGCUGCAAAACCCAGAAAAAGGAAGACCUUUGCCAUACCAGGCAGACGGAGAGAUAAAGACACUGAUUCCACUGAAUCAGCUGAAGUAGAAGCGGUUAACACUUCCAACGGAGCUCCGCCGGGUUUCUACGGUGCUAUAGAUCUUCAUAACGCCAAUGUGCCUCAGCUGGACGAGGAGGGCUUCUGUAUCCGACCAGAAGUCAAUGAAAAUGAUGCCAAAGAGAACUCCUUUUUUUCAUCCAGCGACUCAGAAGAUGAAGACGAGCCAAGAAAGUUCCACGUCCAGAUCAAACCGGUGCAGACCAACAACGGCACACACCAGCACAAAGCCACCAUCGACGAGCUGAAGGCCUCGAUUGGAAACAUCUCCCUCUCGCCCACCCCUGCCGUUCAUAUGAAGAGAAACCAAUCCAGAAUGACACGACAACAAACGUUCCCUGCUAUGAAACCAAAGGCUGGCGAUGAACUGGGACGGUCCAAGAUAGCGCAGACAUCCUUUAAUGAUAGAUUAUCCAAUAAUGAUCUGCUGUCUUUGGAUCCAUUCGGCCCGACCAGCGCUGGAUCCAGCUCCUCUCUACCCCUCUCAUCAGACCUGGCUUCUCUCUUCUUAGCAUCUUUCCCUACAUCUCCCCCACUGCAGUUAAAUGAUGAGGUUUUUGAAGACCCAGAAGUGGAUUUACAGUCGGAGCCCACGUCUCCUUCAACAGUCAGUCUUGAGGUUAUCGAGGCUCCUUCUUUCCUCCUUCCCUCCAAACUGCCUCCUCCUGCUGGUCUUGCCAAGCCGAGCUCUUCUCCAUUCCCUGCUCUCCCCUCUGCUUCCUCCAUCUCUCCUCGGGAGCCUCCUGAUAAGGCUGUUGGUGUCCUCCACCCUGGCCCAGCUCGAGCUAUGAGCGUGCCCCCAGCCCUACAGUCCACUCCUAAGGACUGGGCUACCCACAAGCCCCCUCUCAGUGCUCCUGCAACUGGUCCAGACAUGUUUUCUGCUUGGGCCCAGAGCCAAUGGAUUGCCUUUAAUGAUGCUUUUGUGCCAUGUCGUGGACCGUCCCAUCAACCAGCGAGACCUCGUUCAGUGCCCGUGUCUCAACAGCUCAAGGUUUUCUCCAGAGAGCCUGCUGACCCAUUUGGCAACAUUGGGAGAGAGGAUAGCGCCCCCUCUCUGAAGGAAGCACCAGCCCGACCCAUGCAGGAUGUACCACCUCCAAACAGGCCAACCACUCCCCUGGGCACAGCAACUAUUGUCCCGCCUCCAAGACCAUUAUCACGGCCCAAACUACCUGCAGGCAAGCUGACGGGCAUCAAUGAGGCUGGUCGACCGUUCAGCCCUCCUAAGAUGCCCAGCUCCAGCCCUCCUCCCGCUGUUCCUCUGGCUCGUGCAGAGAGCUCCUCGUCUCUCAGCUCAAACACCUCCUUGAGCACCAGCAACACACCUACUGUCGAGGACGAUCUGUUCGUGGGGAAACUGCCCACUUUUGAGAAGAGAUGUGAGACUCCGGCAGGGACAUCUCGUGGGCCCAGUCCAGUGACACUGGCUUCCCAGGAUGCAUUGCCCAUUGCGGUGGCAUUCACAGAAUCUGUUAAUGCCUAUUUCAAAGGAGCAGAUCCCAGCAAGUGCAUCGUGAAGAUCACAGGAGAUAUGACCCUGUCCUUCCCCAGCGGCAUCAUCAAGAUUUUCACCUCUAGUCCAUCUCCUGCUGUACUCAGCUUCAAACUCUCAAACACCAGCAGAUUAGAGCAAAUCAUGCCCAACCAGCAACUACUGCACAGUGACUCCUCCCAGAGCGACACAAACACUAAAGACUUUAGGCUGAACAUGCCUGCACUGACUGCGUACCUCAGGAAGAGCUCUGAGCAGAACCCUGCUGCAUCCUAUUACAACGUGGACAUCUUAAAGUACCAGGUAUGUUCAAAUGGGAUUCAGUCAACACCUCUGAACCUCGUGGUGUACUGGAAAUGCACUGCUAGUACUACAGACCUGCGAGUGGACUAUCGCUACAACCCAGAGGCCAUGCAGCCCCCCGCAGCGCUCACCAAUGUACAGGUGUUAGUGCCCGUCAGUGGAGACGUCACAAACAUGCAGUCGAUCCCCAAUGCCAUUUGGAAUGCGGAACAGAGCAAGACAUUAUGGAAACUGAGUGACAUCUCUGAAAAGUCUGAAAAUGAAGGCUCUGGUUCUUUGAGAGCAAAGUUUGAGCUGUCUGAUGGUCCAUCCAUCCCUGCCACCCUGGCAGUUCAGUUCUUCAGCGAGGGCAGCAGUCUGUCUGGUGUAGAUGUGGAACUGGUUGGCUCCGGUUACCGACUCUCCCUCAACAAGAAGAGAUUUGCCACCGGCCGCUAUAUGGCUGACUGCUGAUAUCUGAGUAGAGGCCUGUCCGCAGGGAACUUGGAGGUUCAUUUCUGUUCAUUCAUUAAUUCUGUUACUGGUUCUCAAUGAUAAUUAUGGAGGAUGGAAGAUAAAAGAGAGCUGUCUCUGUGAAGGCCUCUCAUGCUUCUGUUUCCUCUCCACAUCCUGAACGAUCCAGUGAAUCACCUUCUGGAGACUUGAGAUUUUUAUACUACAGAAACGUAGCACUGAGUAUCAAACACUGUGUACAAAGAAAAAAGAAAAGAGAAAAGAAGGAAUGUCAGGAAAUUGGUGAAUAAAAUCAUUAAUCUGGGAUACUUUUUGAUCAAUUCAGACUUUUAUAAAGUCAGAACGUUAGUCUUUGUUAAUUUGAAAUGUAUAGUUAACCGUUUGCAUUAUGUAUUAGAGGUGUAUAAACAUAUAGCAUAUCUAAGCAACAACAAAAAAGGACAAAAAACCUGCACUAACAAUCUUUAUGGAUAUUUGUUGAGCAUUCAUCUCUCCGUUUGAAUUCAGUCAGAUGUCAGUCACACUGACGAUGAAGUGAGCAAAAGGAGCGGUCUUUUUCGUUAUGAAUGUGCAAUGAAGGUAUAAGCUUUCAAAAUGACAUUUAUGGAUUGUUUUUAAAGUGUAGUGCCAUUUUCACUUUAACGUUGUCAUUGUCAGCAAAAGGAAACUUAUACACUGACCUCAGUGCCUCUUUUAUAUUUAAAAUAAUUAUACAGGAAAAUUUGCAUGUUUAUGGGUUUUUUUUUUUUUGAAGUGCCAGUUCAGCUCUUUAUGCUUCCUGAUGGGAUACUGAAGGGAAAACACUGCCUAAACUUUUGCCUUUGUCCUUCGAACCCCUUUAGAGUGCUUUUCCUAAACAGUUGACUGCAAAGGAAUGCCCUUUUCCCGUGAUAGAUACAAUCCAGGUGUUUUCUGUAAUGCCUUAUAGAUGUGUGCAGAAAUGAUACCAAAUUAAGCACAGAAAAUUUUCCCUUUGAGAAUAUUCUAAUUACAAACACCGACCUGACUAUUUGGAGGGAUCCUUAAUUACAAGCAUCCAAUCUUUUCAGUACAGACUACCAGUUUUUUUUAGAUAAAUUUAUUUUUAAGGGACACUUUAUGUUUUUACCAAAUGUGCCGUCACGUCUGUUUUUGAGUGUUUUAUGUAAAUUAUAAUAAUAAUAAUAACCCGAUUCUUAAAAUGAUGCCAAAUACAAAUCGUAAAGCACAAUGAUGCAAUGGGCCAGUGGUAGUUACGGAAAAGAUUAAAUGCUUGCAGGGUCCCACCACCAUGUAAGGGUCUUCUUCGCUUAGUCUUUAUUUCUCAAAUUUCUUUUUUUUGCUGGAACCCAGUGGUGAGCAUUUACAGUGCUUUAAGGGGGCCUGUCCCCCAUACAAGGGCUAUGUGCCUUGUUCUCUUUAGAGGACCAUGUCUCCAAGGGCUACCCCAAUCCCAGCAAUCGCCAACACCAUUUUUACCUUAAAAUGAAAAACACUAAUAAACACUAAAUGCCACCAAUGAAGACUCUUCAUUAAUCUGGAACCAAUGACGUUCUUAAGAAUUACGUCUUGUUUUAUUUUUUUACCAGGAACUUUUUUUGUCCCUUUGAUAGCACAGUUUUGUGUACAGCAUAAAGAUUUUAUAUUCAGAAUCGUCACUGUCUUUAUGUACUUGUUUAAUACUUGUGAUUUUGAUUGAUUUGUAUUCCGUAUGAAAUGUGGUGUUGGUUUCAAUACAGAGGCAGAAAUCAGCUGGUGAACAUCCUGGUCAAUGUAGCAUUCAUAUACAAUACGAUAUUGGCUCCUAUAGUUAAGGGCUUCUUUAAGUGAAUAUGAACUAAUUGUGUAGUUAGCGAGCUGGUUCUUGCUGCCUCUACAGCCACGGCAAUAUUCAAAGUCAUUUUGGAACAUUUAAAAUCUCUUCUUUUAUUUCUUUCUAUGUCUACAUAAAAAAAAAAAAAAAAUGUUUUAACCCACAUAAUGUAAACUAUUUCUGCCAUGUUUCUCUGCUUUAUGAUUCUCUUUGUCUGUAAUAAAUGUGUAAUAUAUAAAUCUAUUCAAAUAUAAGAAAUACUACAGAAUGCUAA